AGAGAGUUGAUCCAUGUUUAAUUUGCCGAACUCUUCCGAACCUAAGCACGAAGACUUCCGACCUGUCAUUCCGCCUUUCGUUUUUGUUAUUCUCUUGUGUACUUUUGUUUGUUAUAAUAUUUUGGUGUGAAAAGUGCAGUGCAGUUCAGAAACAAAUAUAUUUAUAUAAAAAUGGCUGUCCGGAGAUUGUUUGAUGUAGCAUUUGAUUCGUCUAGUGAUGAAGAUAACGUUCCUGUGCGUCGACCAAGGUGGAUUCGUGAGCGAAGUCAACAUUUUGAUGAUUUUGACGAUUUAGAUUUUGAAACUCGAUUUAGACUUUCCAAGGAGUCUGCUCUAGAUGUUUUAUCGCAAAUAGAAGAUAAAUUGGAAUUUCCAACUGACAGGAAUCAUGCUGUGUCUCCGAUGAAUCAAUUACUGUGUGCUUUGCGAUUCUAUGCGACUGGUUCAGAUCAGCUAUCCGCAGCUGAUUUUGGUGGCUUCAGUAAGUCUACGGCUCAUAGAAUUGUGCAUCGAGUAAGUGGUGCAAUAGCCUCUCUCUACAAAACACAUAUUGUAUUUCCCGAAAGAAACAACGAGAUAAUGAGGACUCAAGCUGGAUUUUAUAGGAUUGCAAGUUUCCCAAAAGUGAUAGGCGCAAUUGACUGUACCCACAUCAAAAUAAAAUCUCCAGGUGGUCAGAAUGCAGAAAUAUUUCGGAAUCGCAAAGGAUAUUUUUCACUGAAUGUUCAGGCGAUUUGUAAUUCGAAUUUAGAAUUCUUGGAUAUUGUGGCGAGGUGGCCUGGAAGUUCACAUGACAGUACAAUUUUUAACAACUGCUAUCGCCGGGCCUUAUUUGAGGAAGGAAGAUUUGAAAAUAGUGUGCUCGUUGGAGAUUCUGGUUAUGCAUGUCGAUCAUACAUGAUGACCCCCUUGGAUACUGCAAGAACUCCUCAGGAGCAAUUAUACAAUGAGUCUCAAAUACGAACAAGGAAUCCAAUUGAAAGGACAUUUGGAAUUUGGAAACGUCGAUUUCCAGCAAUGGCAUUAGGAAUGCAAGUUCAUUGGGAGAAAACCUUUCCAAUUAUAGUUGCUACAGCUGUAUUACACAAUAUCUUGAGGAGAGCAGGUGAAGGAUUACCACGUGAUGAUCCAGACCUAAAUAUUCCUGCUCCGUGGGAUGUGUUAAUGCAACAGGGUGAGAUGGGUAAUCUCGUUCAAGCUGAAGGAGGAAGAAGGGUUCAUCAAAACCACCAAGACAGACUAAAUCUUGUAGAAAAUUACUUUGGAAGAAUGGCAAGAAAUAAUGAAAGAGCACGAUAAUGUUAAACGUUAUCGUAAAUCCGUGCUUUUAAGGAGUACCGCAAGAAUUGUACAUAACAUUUACGAACUUCCAAGUGAUUGUAACAUUAAUCGAAUUUAAUUUGGAUUUUCAAAAUUUCAUAUGAAGCCCAUAAUAUGAAAUACUAAUUGUAAAUAUAAAGAAUAUUUUUCUUAUAAUUUUGUGGCUAAUAAUAAUAAUUAAAUAGUCAUUCAACGGGUAAUGUAAAUUUAAGAACCGGAUUAUUAAAUAAAAUGCCAUUUGAUAACUUU